GUCCGCCACUGUGUUAUGGUCAGUAUAAAACUGGGUUGUCCUCAUGCACAAGCCUUACACACACACCUCCAUCUCCUUAAACAAGCCUUACUACAUACCUCCCAUACAACCAUGUGCUCCACCGGAGUGCUACUAGUUCGCUCAUUCGUUCUCCUUGUGCUCUUGUGUUUGGCCGCGGUGGAGAUCCACUUGACGCCGGCCAAGGUCCUUGCCGCCGGGACCGGCGGGGAUGGGCUUCUUGGUGUCCCUACCAACACCGCCCUGGCGCACUGCCCCUCCCACUGCGGGGAUGUCGAAAUCUCGUACCCGUUUGGGAUAGGGCCGGACUGCUUCCGGCGAGGCUUUGAGCUCACCUGCGACAACACAACUGGUUCCCCCAGGCUGCUCUUCCUGGGAAACAACUCGACUCAGGUGACUUAUGUCGGCAACAAUUAUGUUUAUGCUUCUGCUGUUGGGUACAACAUCACCAUGGGCUUAGAUGUGGACACCUACACUCAGUCCUUGGAGGCCCCUACUGGUGCCAUUAUUGAUGAAUAUAAUAGUUUGUACAUUGUUGGCUGUGGUUUGGACGUCUACAUGUUCGGUGAUAAUAUGACAGAUCCUAUUGGUUCUUGCAUGAGUAUUUGCACAGAUAACAGAGAGAUCAUGGAGAGGGCAAACCUGGGUGGCAGUUUCUGUACAGGGUUUGGCUGUUGCGCCAUAUGGUCAAGGGGCGGCCAAGCGUUUACUUUAAAACUUGGCCGCCGUAAUAGUACGUUUGCAGAAUUAGAUGAAGUGCUCCCUAGUAUCAAGGUCAUCCUUUCGAGGCAAUAUAAAUUUGUUAUAGAUGAUCUUUAUGCAAGUUGGGUGAAUACAAGCAAUGUUCUCGGUAUGGAACUUGAUCUUGCAAUCACGGACCAACCAAGCUGUGCAAGUGCCCAAUCCCACGCGAAUAAAGAUACCUAUGCUUGUAAUAGUGAAAGCAUCUGCUACGAUCUUCCAACAUCUCGAGGAGGUUACAAUUGCUACUGCCCUGGUCAAAUGGUCGGCAACCCCUAUGUUGCAGGUGGCUGCAUCCAAGAUUACAAUCCAAACGCGACCAAAGCGAGCUGUACAAGAUCGUGUGGAAAAAUGAAAAUUCCAUUCCCUUUUGGGAUUGAAAAAGGUUGUUUUGCAAAUGAUAACCUACGACUCAACUGUACAAGUAAUGGCACUACUCUUCUUGAUCGAGGGUACGCACAGUAUCGUGUGACCAAUUUAUCACUUGAUGAUGGACUUCUGACGGUUACAAACAUGCUCAAUGACACAAGCUUUAACAAUAUGGAGAGGGUAGUCAUCACUAACUAUGAUGGUCACCUGAACGGUUACGAGGAGGAGGUUGUGGAUGGUAAUUUUGAUUUCUCUCAGGAGGAUAUAAUAAUAAAAUGGGUUGUAGCAAACUUAACUUGCCAUGAAGCUAGGCAAAAUAAUGCUACAUAUGCCUGCAUCAGUGACAACAGCUUCUGUGAAAAUGUCACGCGAGAGAAAGCACUUGAUGGAUACCGCUGCAAGUGUUCUGAUGGCUUCCAAGGAAAUCCGUACCUUCAAAAUAACUGUACAGAUAUUGACGAGUGCUCUAUUCCAAAUAAAUGCAAUGGGAUAUGCCACAAUUUUGAAGGAGGUUUCAAUUGUACAAGUUGCUCUCAUGGAAAACAAUAUGAUACAAAGAAACAAAAAUGUGUCAUGUCAGCUAAGCAGCGUAAUUUAAUUCUUGGAAUUGCAAUUGGGCUUGCUUGUGGCCUUGGCUUCAUAAGUUUUACACUAGGUGCCUUUGUACUCAUCGGUAAGUGGAAGAAAGAUAUCCAAAGGAGAAUACGAAGAGCAUACUUCAAGAAAAACCAAGGUCUACUCUUGGAGCAACUAAUCUCAAACGAAAGUGUUGCAAAUAAAACAAAGAUAUUCACUUUAGAGGAACUAGAAGAGGCAACCAACAACUUUGACACUACUCGUGUUCUAGGUCAUGGAGGGCAUGGCACAGUUUAUAAAGGGAUUCUAUCGGACCAACGCAUUGUGGCCAUAAAAAAAUCUAAAAUUGUAGAGCAAACAGAAAUUGACCAAUUUAUCAAUGAGGUUGCUAUUUUGUCUCAGAUCAUUCAUCGAAAUGUAGUAAAACUUUAUGGUUGUUGCCUAGAAGAUGAGGUGCCCUUGUUAGUCUAUGAGUUCAUAUCAAAUGGCACACUGUAUGGUCUUCUUCAUGCAAACAUUGCAGAAAAAUGCUUGCUAUCAUGGGACGAUCGCAUUAGGAUUGCAAUGGAAGCAGCAGGGGCACUUGCUUAUCUACACUCAGCUGCUGCAAUACCAAUUUUCCAUAGAGAUGUAAAGUCUUCCAAUAUACUCUUAGAUAACAACUUCACCACAAAGGUCUCAGAUUUUGGUGCUUCAAGAUCUCUUUCACUUGACGAAACACAUGUGGUGACAAUUGUCCAAGGAACAUUUGGUUAUUUGGAUCCAGAGUAUUAUCAUACUGGUCAACUAACUGAGAAGAGUGAUGUGUAUAGUUUUGGGGUGAUACUUGUUGAACUUUUGACAAGGAAGAAACCAAUUUUUAUAAAUGACAUAGGUGCAAAGCAAAGCCUAUCUCAUUACUUCAUUGAAGGACUUCAAGAAGGGGCUCUCAUGGAAAUAAUGGAUCCACAAGUUGUGGAAGAGGCCAACCAAGAAGAGAUUCAUGAUAUUGCCACACUUAUAGAAUCAUGCUUGAGGUCUAAAGGAGGACAUAGACCAAGUAUGAAAGAAGUAGAUAUGAGACUACAACUACUAAGAACAAAUAGGCUAAGGAAGGCAUAUAUUUUAGUUGAAAAAGAUGGAGAGAUGGAAUCUUUCAUGUGCCCAGGAGCUCAGAACCUGCAUGAACAUAUUGAUCUUGUCAAUGCUACACAGUUACCACUACCGAUGGCCUCCGGGUGCUAUAGUUUGGAGCAAGAAUUUGUGGCGACAUCUAGUAUGCCUCGCUAACUUAGGCAUUGGACGUUGGACACAGCUAAGGUAGCCAUAUAUUUUUUUUGUGAGGAACAAUGGUAUAUUUUGUUCUCUUCUCAUAAGAUUAUAUCACAUGGUUGCAUUGUCUAUGUAUAUGCAUACUAUGUAUUCUAGACCAUAUUACUCAUAUAUAUAUAUAUACCAUAUUGUGUUGCA